CGAGGAUACUUAUUCCACCAUGAAUCCCGCGCGAGUCACUAGCCACAUCCACCUAGCAUCAAAUCGCAUCGCAUACUCUACAGAGCCUGCAUCCAAUCCUCUAUGUCAUUCAACGAUGCAUAGAAAUCAGUAAACAGACAUGGCUAAUUCGAAAUAUGAGUACGUCAAGCAGUUCGAGCAGCCGGACGCGUUACUUCCGAAUGCUUGGAUAGUCGUCAGAAUUGAUGGGAGGGGAUUCCAUAAGCUAUCCGAUAAAUAUGGCUUUCGAAAACCCAACGAUCGCCGGGCACUGGACCUCAUGAAUGCUGCUGCUGUAGAGGUCAUGAAAGACCUUACGGAUCUGGUUAUUGCCUAUGGUGUUAGUGACGAGUACAGCUUUGUAUUCCAUCCGACGUGUCAAUUAUUCGAGAGGAGAUGCGGAAAACUCGUCACGACCAUCGUAUCGACCUUUACGGCGCACUAUAUUUUCAAGUGGCCCACUUUCUUCCCUGAUACCCCUCUUGAACCAUCGUCACUGCCGAGUUUCGAUGGGAGGGCUGUUCUGUAUCCGACUACGGCCAAUCUGAGAGAUUAUAUGAGCUGGAGACAGGUUGAUUGCCACAUCAACAAUCUUUAUAAUACCACUUUCUGGACCAUGGUUCAGAAAGGUGGGAUGACCAACACAGAUGCAGAGAGGGAAUUGAAGGGCACCGUAUCAUCUGACAAGAACGAGAUCCUGUUCACACGAUUCGGAAUCAACUAUAACAACGAGCCGGAAAUAUAUAAGAAAGGAAGCGUCGUCUAUCGCCAGUACGAAUUAGAAGAUCCGAAUUCUGCAGAAGCGACAAAUGAACCGAAACAGGAAGACGCCAGCUCGGCUCUACAGAAAGAUAUUUCAAAGACUCAGCAGGAGAAAAUCAGGAAGCUACGACGGAAAGCGAGAGUGGUUGUUGAUCAUGUUGAUAUCAUCAAGGAUGAUUUCUGGCAGAGACGGCCGUGGAUACUUUCGAAUAAGCCUGGGAAGCUCCCGACGGAGGAGUAAUGCUUUUUCUUUGGCUGAGUUACGUUCUACAUAAAACGAAUUAUGUUUCGUGUUUCAUGCGAAUGAUUGAAUGAAAAGAAAUAUGCUUUUCUAGGAAGUUGCUGAAAA